AUGCCAAAUCCACCAAAGCGAGCCAAUUUUUGGAAACCGAUUCCAAGUUCUGGAGAUGAUUCUUGGCACAAUGAGAAUCAGGACAAUAGUGGUAGAUUGUUCUCUGCCUCUGACUGCCUCUUUCCAGAGUUCUCUGCAAAUAACCCUGCUCCCGCAACAUCUGGUUGGCCAACUUUUGAUCCAGGCAGUAAUGAUCCAGCCAAAAAUUCGACGUUGGGCACCGCACUUGCGGAUUUGUCUUUACCGUGGCCAGCAAGUGAUAGGCUUUGGAACUCUCCAGGACCAUCGCUCACUGAGUGGCCACUGUCUUCCAACUUUAUUUGGCAAAAUGGUUAUUCAGAAGAUGAUGUUAACGUCGGUGUCGACUCGUCGCUUCCUCACAAUGAAUCGAGUGGUGUGCCUCCAAGCUUGACACAGGAUAAGGUCUUUCAUCAAAUCUGGUCCCAAAAAUCGAAACAAUCUGUUCCGGAUGCAAAUCCUAAUCCUUGGGAUAGCAACCAGCAGCACCUAGUUGCUACCGCCGAGAUUCUCACCGAUUCCACGGAAACCCUCAACAGAGAUUCCACCCAACAACUAGAAGAUAACGAUAGGCCCUCAAGUACUCAGGGAAAACAGGAACCCUUAGCUUCUGAAACCAAUCGAGAGACUAAUGCUGCUGUUAUUCGCAUCACUGAGCUUGUAAACGAUCCGGGAAACUGGGGUACACGCCCAGUCAAUCAGUCAGUUCCAUGGAAGACCACACCUGAGGACGGGGAUUUGCACAAAUCCAAGCCUUCCUCAGCCUUGUUGAAUUCCCACCAGCAGCAUCAGGAGUCUAAUGUGUGGACGAAUGAACCCCCUACUGGAACAAAUGUUUGGGAGUCGCAUUAUGAACAACUUGCUACUCGGAGUUCAUGUUGGGCAUCGCAGGGUCGUGAAACUCCCAUCGCUGUUAACGCCUCUGUUAGUGAUCCAUUGCAACCAUCAACAUCUCAGCAGCACUCUCAUCCACCGGCUAUACCUUCAACUCUUCCACAGGCUGAUCAUGAAAGUGGCAUUUGGGGUUCGACCUCCACUUUCCAGCUUCGUCCCUCCACUUCCUCGCAUUUUGGUCCUCCUGGAGGCCUAUUUCGACGUCCCAUUUUCGGUGCAGGCGCAGCUGGCGGUUCUGCCAACCGUUUAUCAGAUGACUCGGGUGAUAUCGGAAUGCCUUCUCGCGCUGCUUGGCCCACUAUUUCCUCAUCUCAUUUGUUAAGCCAGGAGGACAACAGUUGGGCCACAGUACCUGGUCGGUGCGUCCCACCUACUGCUGUUCCUGGUCCAACCCCCUCUUCUGCUAGUUCUGCUGCUCCUUCCUUUUUCUCCACUGGCUGCAGCAGUGGGCUGGAGGAGACGGAUCAACAUCAGGAAGUUAAUACAGGCGUUUCCAUGGCAGCCUACCGGAGUGACUUGGUGCGCUACUUCCUGCAACAGGGCUUCCGCCGCGAAGACGUGGAACCCGUCCUCGCGGAAUGCAACAUGGACAUCGAUAGAUCAUUAGCAGUGCUGCGACUGCGUUCUCGCAAUGCUGUUGCGGGCAGCAGUGGAACCCCACGUUACCCCGGAAGUGUGGGAGGGCCGCGUCGUGUUCCUACCUCGCCCACUGCUACUGGACAGUUUGGGCACUUUUCCAACACGCAAUCUACCUCAGCUGCUGCCGCCGCUAAUGUUGCACCAUUUGGACGUGGAAUGCCGAUGCAGAGACCACUGAUGGGCAACGGAGCCAAUAGGAUCAUUUCAGGCGGCGUUGGCAGUAACAGGAUUUCUGGUGCUGCAGGUGGUUCUAGUGGUGAUAGUAUCCUGGGCUCUUCCCUCUCCUCCCUUCUGGGCCUACCACCACCACAGCAACAGGAGAACGGCUUUUCUCCUAUGCUUAUGCGCGGCCGAAGUUAUCAAUGGCAACCUACCAACGCUCCUUCCACUAAUUUCGCUUUCAUCUCUUCAAUCAUGGAGCUACAGAGGAAGCGACAAGACAUCCAACGGCAAAUCCAAUUGUUCCGGGGUAAUCCCAGUAUGUGUUCUCUGCCAGGCGGCAUGGCACUUCUAAACGAGUUGACCCUUCAGUUACACCAGAUCGAGCAUCAAAUCAGCGCCAGAGAGGUGGCUGGUACGUUUGCAUCCAGCUCCGCCCCUCCACAGCCGCCAGUUUCAGCCUUCUGGCCCAAUCCCGAAGAAGCCAGAUCCAACCCAUCCUCUAUCGCACAGCGCCUUCAGGACCUAAGAAUCGGUACAAGUGCUUGCAACAGCAAUACUAACGCAGCAUCAUCCACAUCCAACAAUCCUCCCUCUCCACGAUCAGCAUUCAGAGCCACCACUAACGGCUUCCGAAGCCCACGCCACAAUAGUGGGACAGAAAACUUUCCAGGAAACGGAGGCAAUCUGCCUUCAGGAUGGCUUUUGAUUCGAGGCGUGCCUCCUUCCAUGCCCAGAUCUACUCUGGAAUCCUUCCUGGGUAAUGGAUUGUUGACACUGCAUUCGCUCCCCACACGUGGCACAUUUGUCGCUCGAUUUGUUACACCUGAAGCCGCGAUGGAUGUUGGAUUUCAACUCACUGCAACUGCGUCGAACUCUCCACCCUUUUUUGUCACUGUCAUUGAGGAGCGACAGGCUUUCGAUCUCAUUGUGGAAGCACUUAACGCCGCGUCCAAUGUUAGCGCUGUUUCUGCUGCCGCCGCUGCUGCCGCUGCCGCCGCCGCCGCCGCCGCCUCUGGUGGCACCAGUGGUGGAGGAGGUGGUGCCAGUGGUGCCAACUAG